CCAACCGCGCGCCUGAGAAAAUCGGCGAAUCCCAUUGCGAGAAUCGGCGAGUCGGAGAAACACGCCGGCGAUUAUAGCUUUUUAAACUCUCGUAGACAGAAGACGAGGAGGAUAAGGUUUGUGGUCGGGUCGAGUUCGGGCAAGAGACCGGACGAACCAUCAUCGUCAUCGAUACCGUCUUGGGCAGACCCCAAUUCGGACGAACCGCCGCCGUGGGCUACGGGAGAAGCCGCCAAAGCGACGACCGGCGGGGAAGAAUUUAAGAUCCCCUUCUUUGCUUAUCUCCUCGCCUCCACAAUCACUGCAAUCGCCGCCAUUGGGUCGGUGUUCGAGUACGUGAACCAGAAGCCGGUUUUCGGGGUGCUUGACCGACAGUUAUGA